AUGGUGAAAAAACACAAAGGCACUUUAGCUGUAAUUGAGCAGAUAUACGAAGAUAUACCAGCUUUUACCGACAUUUUCACUGAGGAAUCAUUUUAUACGUUCGCAUUUUGUUUUGUAUGCGCUACUAUUAUAAUAGCAUUCAUACUAUCAAGAUUCAUUACUUUAAAGCCUGUUGAAUUCUAAUUUUCAAGUCAUCAAAUGUUCAUAAUAAAGAUGUCUAUCAUGUAUAUAUA